AGAUGCACUGACGCAGAAAACACCAUGUUGCCGUUCUCCACGCCCAGCUGGGGCAGGUUGGCAUCGGCGCCGAGCUCCUCGACCCGGAUCCGGUACGGCGGCCGCCACGCCCUCUUCCCGAAGUUGUGCUUGACCGUCCUGAAGGACUGCGAGACGGACAUGCGCCUGGCACAAUCCGGCAGCAGGUCCGGGAUCUUGUGGGCGCCGCCGCCACCGCACGCGUCGAUGCGCGACUGCACGAGCUGCUGGAAGCCCUUGUCGAUCAGGGCGGAGCCGGUGCCGAAGCCGCACACGGCCGCGACCUCCUCCAUCUGCGGGCAGUCCGGGUCGGCCGACGAGACGCGGCCCAGGGUCAGGUCGGUGGUGCCGCCGCCGGCGUCGAUGCAGAGGAACAGGUCGCCGACGUCGAAGCCGACGACGCUGUUCUUGAGCACUGCCACCGACGCCGCCUCGGCCUCGGUCAGGUCGAUGAUGGCCGUGUGGGCCGGGCAGGCGUCGCCGCCGAAGCCGGCGCCGGCGAUGCAGUCCUUGAAGUCCUCGAGCACCCCGACCGCCUUCCACGUGGUCGGGACGCUGAAGACGAAGCUGACGCGCAGGCCCGACCACGACGCCGCCGGGCCCCAGGACUUGCCGACCCCGAUCUGCGCCGACACCGUCUCCCGCACGUGCCGCUGCACCUCGCGCAGGUAGUCGGUCGCUAUCCGGAGGGCGUGCCGGUGCGUCUGCGGCACCUUGUAGCCCCUGCCGCUGGCUCUGCCGCUGGCCUGGGCCCGCUCAAAGGUCCUGCGGUCGACGUAGAGCUUGAAGAGCGACCAUGGCUCGGCCUGGCCCUCGGCCCGGUCGUGCGCGCAGCUGAAGCCCCAGGACGACACCUCGCCCCGGCUGUUGUAGUAGAUCAGGCUCGGGACCUUGCGCUCGUCGCCGUCCUCGCUGUGCGGCCAGUCCCGGAUGACCUGUAUCGGCGCCGCGGACCUGUCGCAACGCAUCCAGGCCACGCCUUGGGGAGAAACACGUUAGCUCGAGGGGAGGGUUUGGUGGACGAGAGAGGAGGGUUGGUCGGGAAGCCUGUACUGUACCUGUAUAGGUUGUCCCAAAAUCCACGGCCACGAUGAUAUCCGGCGCUGCCAUGGCUGCGGGGAGCUGUCAAAAGAUAUGGCUGCUCUCGCCGUCUGGACGUCAAAUGCUGACCUGAUACACUAAAUAGAGAUCACAAGGGAGGCGUGAUGAAGUGGAAGCGCCCACGUUUUUAUGAAAUGCAACAAAGAAACGAGGACAUGCUCUGGAAUCCUGGGUCGCCCGAGAUCAAGGCAAGGCUCCAUGGCCCCAGGCCCUAAUGGCCGCUUGCAUAUGGCUUUAGCUAGGUGAAAAGCAUAGACCUGGCCCUUCAGCUUGCAACGAGGGCCCGGACCAUCUGCGCCGCGGGAUAGGUGGCAACGCAGAGCCUGACCAAAAGGCCCGGCUCAUGCGUGCGGAGGCGCCGUGUGGCGAUGAGUAGCACGAGCGGCUGAAAUAAAGGCCUGGCCCAGAAUGCAUCACAAAGCAGGGGUACCACAGCCUGACCAUCUCGCUGAGCAGCCAGGGUCUGUCCUGUUGAUAUUGGGGCUCGGGUGAGGUCUGAUCUGCGUCACCUUGCCGCGGUGCCCUUAUAUGUUUGUUCCUCGCUCCUCCGGACAACGACCCAGUCAGGUCUCCAUAGCGACUGAGCAGUCAUUGUGACCCAGACACGGCCGCCUGCGUUUGACUUAUUGCCCUAAAAGCAAAUCACUACUAUCUUGCCAUGUCUACCACGACUACUACCCCGGGCAUCUCUCUGGCCACUACCCCGGGCAUCCCUCCGGCCAGCACUCCAGGCAUCCCUCCAGCCAGCACUCCAGGCAUCCCUCCGGCCAGCACUCCGGGCAUCCCUCCGGCCACCACCCAGCCAGUGACCUCCUCUACAUUGCCAACCCAUAGUCCAACAGGCUCCUCAUCGGCCGGGGUAGCCACUGGUCAGACGAAUGGGAUAGCCACUGGCCAGACGAACGGGACCACUGCCGCAUGCCCGGCUACCACCUGCGAAACCCAUGCUGGCACCAUCGCGGGCUCCAUCGUGGGGAGUGUCGUGGGUGUUUCCGCCAUCAUGCUGCUCGCCUUCUGGCUCUACGUCCGCGCCACCAAGAAGGGUAGCCACAGAAGGGAGUGGGCUGACGGUCUAGAGCUCAGCGACGCAGCGCCUCGUCACCAACAAGCCCAUCAGCAGGCCCGUCGACAAGAGCGAGGAGGCCACCAGCAGUCUUUCGACCUGGAGCCCUUCCUUCUCGAGCCGACGCCGGACAAGGUCAUCGAGUCGGAGCUGUCCUCGGUGAUACAGCUGAUGGAGCAGCACGUUGAAAACAGCUACCACACCAAGCAAGUCCCCGAGAACCAGCGCGAGCUGGUGCAGGCCCUGGAGAGGCUGGGCUUUGGGGACGGGGACGUGUCCGCCUCGCCCGAGUACAUGACGUCUCUGGCGCUCGACGGGCGCACGAGGCGGGCCGCGUUGAGGGCGGUGCUCUCCUUCACCGUCUUCUCGGCCAUGGAGUUCCGCAACGCCAGCAGAGGGCUCUCGAUCCUGCCACCGUCCGUGGUGGACUUUGCCCGCAUGGGCCUCCCCAAGGCCCGGAAGAACGGGAACCAGGAAGCAACGGCUCGGGCGGCGACCCAGUGGAGGGUCCUUUCGGCCUACCUCCUGCACCCUCACAGGAGCGAGAGGUCGGCGCUGGUGCCCAACGAGGCCGUCGUGGCACCGCAGGCCGCGGCGCUGGCGGGGGCGCUGAACGGCUUCCUAGCCCCGUUCGCGCGAGCCGGUCAGGCUGAGAACCUGCAGGACGUCGUGCUGGAGGCGGCAAGGCUCGGGUACAUGCUCUUCUCGCACCCGAGCGAAUGGAGAUUCGAGCACGCCCCGAUCCCUGCCCAGGGUGGUGGCGCUCGCGGCGGUGGGCGCCUGGUAGUGGUCGGGGCCGGACUCAUCAAGAUGUCGCCGCAUGGUGGCAGCGGCGCGGGCACCAAUCCAGUGCGCUCGAUAGCGCCUCCGGUGGUGCUGUACGUCUAGGGCAGAGUUGUCCAUGUGUCGGUGCUCCGUGUGACGACAGGGGGUGAGGAGGUUCUGGACGCUGUGUGGCGUCCAAUAUGCACCUUUCACCCCAUAAUGUCCGUUAUGAACAGCCAGACCGGUGUCCUAGACCUUCUUGACAGUUUCACUACAGCAGACUAGACAUUCAGAGAAACUUAGCGCAGUAUAUAGUUGGCGGCACCAAGGGUGUGAUUGGUUGCCUCUAUUUGCCGGGCGUCAAACAUGCACGCUUGAGCAAUUCCCACAUCUCAGCCGUAGCCUUACCUCAAUAUUCUGGCA